AUGUCGUUUGGUGGAAUCAACACGUUUCAGCAGUAUAACACGGAUUUAGGACUGGGCCACAAUGGUGUUAGAAUAUCGUUAAACUACUUCGACGGUUCACCCGACCCAAGUCUUUUGAAUUCUCUAUCCUCAAACGAGUUGAAGCUUAUCUUUAAAUCUCUUUUGAAAAGAGAUGAAACUACAAAGGAGAAGGCCUUGACGGACCUUUCUAAUUUAAUUGAUGGUUUUAAACAAAAUGGAUAUCUUUUUGACGAUAUUCUUCUCCUUUGUUGGUCGCAAGUAUAUGCUAAACUGAUCGUUAGUGAUUCAAAGGGUAUCAGACUGCAAUCUCAUCAAAUCACGUUGAAGCUGGUCAAAACUCUCAAGAAAAAAAUAUCGAAAUUUUUAAAGGAUUUGAUUCCUUUAAUUCUUUUGGGUACGUGCGAACUAGACUACAGCGUAGCCAAACCUUGUUGCAAUGAAUUAAUGGAUUGCUUUAAUAAUGAUCCAGCAAAGAUAAAUGCUUUGUGGGUUGUCUUUCAAGAACAACUAUUGGAUUUAAUCAAGGAAAUUGUUGUGAACGAAAAUGAAGAAACCAUUUCCGAUGAACGCUACUCAACUAAAGAGGAAUCCGGAUUUAGAUAUCAGAGAAUUAUGGCGAGUGCGGUGUUGCUGUUGAUUAAACUUCUGGUUCACAAUAAAGAUAUAUCCGAACAUAAAUCUUCUUAUAAGGCAAUUCUUUCUGAUGAGUCAAUCUGGAAAUUAUUGAAUCUGAAAAACAGCCAAAAUACAAAGACAUAUGAAUCGGUCAUUCAACUGAUGGAUGUUCUUUAUAUAAGCGGUUACAUGGGCUCGCACAAAGAUACGCUCAAGUUAUCGACAAAGAAGUUGUUCAAAUCGUUAGCGCAUGUCUCGUCAAAGAACAUCUUAAAAGUAUCUCCCGUGGUUCCAACCAUAAUAAAUCUUCUAUCCACUCUAGACAGUUACAAAGACGGGAAAAUAUGGACAUACGACAAAUCCUCCAAAGACAAAUUGAUCGGAUUUCUGUCGAUCUCUUGUACUACGCCAUCGCCAGGGUUUUUCAAGAGUAUGUUAACACUAUAUACCUCGACUAAAAAGCAUGCAUUUCUUGAUUAUGAUCUCGCAUGGCUUCCAAUUUGGCAAAAAUCGAUUCAAAAACUUAAUGAAAAGACUUUCUUUGGUAGAAACGGUGCCGAAGUUCUUAAUGAAUUCUGGGUAAAUUUUUUAAAGUUUGCUAAUGACUCAUCUGAAGAAAAUGUGAAAGAGAUGACGGAGUUAGAGAUUUUGAACACUUUAUCUAAUGGGAAAUCCUUGGCUGAGUUCACGUUUUUGAACCAAACUCUUUGUGAUGCUCUUCCAUCUGAUAAGUGGGAAAAAGAAAUUGAAAGUUUUUUCAAAUCAGACGAUGAAACAAGACAGAAAAACGAAUACUACGAAAAGAACAUAUUUGCUUUACUAGUUAUCGCCACUAACAACAAAUCAGCAAUUAUUUCCUUGUUUGACUUCCUUUCCGAAUUAAUUCAAACAAAUCCUUCAAAUGUCCUUACCAGAUAUGAAGGUAUAUUUGAAGUUUAUAAUUACUUUCUGGAUUCUGAUAUGGAUUUUCUGGGUGAUAAGAUAAAAAAACUUAUGUAUGAUAUUCCAACCUGGGUUGAAGAAACAUCAUAUCAAAAUCUUGCUGGUAUCAUGACACAUUAUUCAAAUUCUACCUUUUUUGAGAAUAAUGAAGACGCAAUAACUUCAUUUGAAGAUUUUUUCACUGUUGCGUUUUCUCUCAAUAUUCCAAAGACUAUAAUUUUAAACACAUUGAAUGAGCUGAACGGUGACGUUUAUCGACAACUAUUGAGCUUAGAUUCCCUUGAUAUACAAUCAUACAUUGAGGAUUAUAUUAAAGACUACAAAUAUGAUGACAAUGGAAAAUUAUUCGAAGGUAACGGUAGAUUUUUAAACCAAAAAAACGUCACCAUGCUUUAUCACAGUGCGGUUGCUAAUCAACAGAUUGAGCUAUUUUGCGGUAUUUUACCAAAGCUAAAUACAGACUUACUUUCAAUGCUGCUCCUAAAUACAGACUUUCUUUUCAGCGCCUUGUACAAAGUUUCCGAAGAAACCAAUGAAGAGCUCUUUAAGUCAUCAUUACAGUUGGCGAAAAGAGACCCUGAAAUUGCUGAUAUUUUGGCACAUGCUAUUUUGCAAUACGUUCAAGACCAUUUUAGCCCUACUACAAAAGAGAAAUACAUUAGACAUACCGUAGAGUUGAUAAGCAACUGCAGUGAUACCUCUUCAACGUUUUUCCCUACUGAUAUGAUUGAUCUUUUUGUCAAGUAUGUCCCAACGAUUGACUACAGAUCGUCUUUGGUGAACAUCUUAGGCUUAAACACACAUUUACUCUUCACGGAGGACAAUCCUCUUGAUUUAGCAAGCAUGCGAAAACUGAUUAAGCAUGCCCUAUUCCUAGAUUCACUACUCGAAGCAUUACCAGAACAUAUUAACAACCGUAUCAUUGCAUUUAUAUCAACAGUCUCUGAAGCAGUCACAGAUUAUAAUUGUCUUUCAGCCRAACCAAAUGAUUCCUUUUACGAUUUCGAGCAUACUUUUUUCAAACAUGGUAAGAUAAAUUCAGACUUCUCUACUGUUAUCGAAAGCAUCACGCAUCCUGCCGAUGAAGAUGGAUCUCUAUUUACGAAUAGUGUUGCAAAAAGUAAUCUUGUCUACUUUUUCUAUUAUUCAAGAAUAUUAUAUAAAAUUUUGUUGAAUGGCAUGGAUACGGUUUCAUCUGCAAAACUAAACGAACUGUUGCCAUCAGUCGAGAAACACAUUACCAAAACUGUAAGGAAUCAAAAAUCUUCUGAUAAUGAUUACUUGUUAUGCGCUAUUCUUCUCUUAGUGUUCAACAGAGCGAACGCCAAAAAUGAAAUGACCAAAUUAAGAACACUGUUGGCGUCUCAACUAAUCGGAAUUAGAGAAAAUGAACUAGUCGACCGCGAAUUCAAAUCGUUAAUACUUCUGAAUAACUUGCUGGAUAUAUCAGACGCAGGUGACCAAUUCGUUCCUAUCGCACCACAAAGAUUAAGCAUGGUGUUUGGUUCGAUAGGAAAAUGGCUCGACAGUGACCUUGCCUAUGAACCUAGCUUCAUUACUGUUAGGCUGGCAUUGCUAGAGUUUUUUACCAAGUUACUGAAGUUUGAAGGGGUUAGAGACUUGGGUGUAACAGCUUUUGAAAUUUCUGAAAGGUUAGUUGCUGAUUCUCUAUCAAUGUGCCAACUUGAUGACACUAUGUUUUUAUUGGAGUUGCGUUCUUCCUGUUUGAACUUAUAUGAUACAUUGAGCACGUACAGAAAUGACAAAGAAUCAUCAGAAUACAGUAAUGAAAUCUUUGAAAAUUUAAUUGAAUUGAUUUUCCUUAACUAUAGUCUAGAACGGAAUAAUCAAGUCUCCACAAUUUUUUACAAAAAAUUGUACAAAAUCAUUUCCUCAAUGAAAUUGAAAAGUUUAAAGCCACAAUAUGAAAGGAUAUUUAACGCUGUCUUAUACGGUAAGGACACUGGUGAAAACAUCAAUCAAUCAAGACUUUUAACAAGUAUUUUGGGAUCUUUGAUCGUGGAAACACAACAAGAGAUCAUAAUUGAAUACGAAUUGAAAGUCCAAAAACAAGCUGCAUCAGAUGAAGAUAACGGUGACUCUAAUACUGAUGUGAGCUCUAAAUUCAAGUUACCUGAAGAACUGUUACUAAAAGUGACCAGUGAUGUACCAAAAGAGUAUCUUGAGUACGAAGAUAAAAAUUCGUUUAUCAAAUACUUGUGGUUUUGGCAUUUGAUUUUGAUGUACUUUCAAGAUACAUCUUACAACAUGAGGCAAUUAUUCAUUGAACAGUUGAAGGAGGCCGAUUUAAUCAAUAAAAUGUUUGAUUUUAUAACGGACCAAAUAGAUUUACAAGAUACUGUAUUUUGGAAACAGGUUGAUGUUGAUGAAAUUUCAGGGUAUGACAUUGUUGGAAAUGGGUUCUCGCCAUAUAAGGAAGAUAUCUUUGCGGAGUGUAAAAAAUUGCUGGGACAUACGCUUUAUCAACUAUUUAAUAACGUUGGUUCUUUGACGAACACUUGGUGGUUAAACAUUAAAGAUAGAUCAUUGCAAAGCGAUAUUGAAAAAUUCGUCUCUCAAUUUGUCUCCCCAAUUUUGAUUGACAAUGAAUUCAACGAGAUCAACUCCAAGAUGGAUCGGCUAACGUCUAGUGACGAUGCGUUAACGAUCAAAUUGAAUAAUAUUACCAGUGAAGUGAAAGCAAGUUAUUUAAUUGAUGAACAAAAGUUGGAGAUCUCUUUCAGAUUACCAAAGAACUAUCCCUUGACAAAUAUUCAAGUUACAGGUGUUUCUAGAGUUGGUAUAAGUGAACAGAAAUGGAAACAAUGGAUUAUGUCCACACAACAUGUAAUCAUUGGCAUGAACGGGUCCGUGUUAGAUUCUUUGGAGUUGUUUACCAAAAAUGUUCAUUUACAAUUUUCAGGGUUUGAGGAAUGUGCCAUUUGUUACUCUAUCUUACAUGCUGUGGAUAGGAAGCUACCUUCAAAGACUUGUCCAACUUGUAAAAAUAAAUUUCAUGGUGCAUGUCUUUACAAAUGGUUCAGGUCUUCGGGCAAUAACACAUGCCCGUUGUGUCGUAGCGAGAUUCCAUUUAGAAGAUAA